UCCCUCUGUCCAUCUCACAUCGCCCAGCCCUGUGUCUCCCCCUGCCCUUCCUUUCCUUCCUCCCUCAUGCCAAUCUCUCCCCUCCUCCUCCUCCUCCUCCUCUUCUUCUCUUCUUCUCUCUCUCUUCUCCUGGUCGAUGCCGCCCGCACCGCCGAUGGAUCCGAGGAGUGGGGUUACGUCCAAGUCCGACCGAGAGCGCACAUGUUCUGGUGGCUUUACCGGAGCCCGCAACGAGUCGACAACGGUUCCGCUCCAUGGCCGACCGUGCUGUGGUUGCAGGGAGGACCUGGCGGCUCGGGCGUCGGGAUCGGUAACUUCCAGGAGAUUGGGCCCGUGGAUGCCAAUCUACAGCCUCGGUGUACGACAUGGCUGCAGAAGGCCGACCUUCUCUUUGUGGACAAUCCGGUGGGCACGGGAUACAGUUUUGUGGAGGACGAGAGCCUCUUCGUGAAGAGUGAUUGGGAGGCAGCCGCGGAUCUGACCACCCUUCUGAAGAAUCUCUACCAUGAGCAGGCGUCGUCAUGGCAGAACAGCCCACUGUUCAUCGUGGCAGAGUCUUACGGAGGAAAGUUCGCCGUGACCGCAGGCUUGUCGAUCGCCCAAGCCAUCAGGGUUGGAGAAUUGAAGCUCAACCUCGGAGGUGUUGCAUUGGGAGAUAGCUGGAUCUCACCUGAAGAUUUCGUGCUAUCGUGGGCGCCUCUGCUUCUCGAUCUCUCAAGAAUUGACAUCAUAGAUGCAGAGAAAUCAAGCAUCAUGGCCGAGAAGAUCAGAGAAGAGAUAAAGAAGGAGCAGUACAGUGAUGCCACGAACUCAUGGGGCGAGCUGGAGGAGUUCAUUGUCACAAGCAGUAACGAUGUCGAUUUCUACAACUUCUUGUUGGAUUCUGGGAGCGAUCCAGUUUCACUGACAGCAGCAGCUGAAGCAUCGCGGAAGCUAUCAUUGAAGAUGUACCCGACCUACCUGAGCUCAAAGGCUUCCACCUCUCCUGACAUUUCAGGUCUCAUGAAUGGUUUGAUCAAGGAAAAGCUGAAGAUCAUUCCAAAGAAUGUUAGGUAUGUCAUUUCAUUUUACGAUCGAUUCCGAGGAAAACAGACAAUCAAUUCUCUUGGACUAAGUUUGCUGAACAGCUGGGGAGGGCAAUCUGGCCUCGUCUUUGAUUCACUCUCGAAUGAUUUCAUGAAGCCAAGAAUCAAUGAGGUUGAUGAGCUCCUUUCCCUGGGAAUCAAUGUCACCAUCUAUAAUGGACAGGUUGAUCUGAUUUGUGCAACCAAGGGCACUGAAGCAUGGGUUCAGAAGCUCAAAUGGGAUGGGCUGAAGAACUUUAACAGCAUGGAUAGAAAGCCUAUAUACUGCAGCAGCGAGGAAGUGGGAGUCACCAAAGGCUUCCUUAAAUCUUAUCAGAACUUGCACUUCUACUGGAUCCUCGGAGCAGGGCAUUUUGUGCCGGUGGACCAGCCUUGUGUUUCACUGAAGAUGAUUGCCGACAUCACCCGGUCUCCUCCUGCUGGUCCUUCCUAGAAACGGGAACAGCUUUCCCCGACUUGCCGAUGGACACACAAUAACAGUAUUUAUGGCUCGGAGAAAGUUCUUUCCAUCUGCAUCUUACUGGGUGUUUUUGGAUGAGAGAAGGUGAGACGAGGGCAGCUCGAAUGACAUCAUUCAUGUUGUGGUGGUGGGUUUCAGGCUGUACAUUUAGGACACAGGUCAAAGGGAAAUGGUGGUGGUAGGUCCCAUCCAUCACUGGUCCCAGAGUGAUAGAUAGUAUUAAAGGGACUGCACUGUGACACCACAAUUGUCAUGAACAUUUCUUUCUUCGAGAGUGCCUUAUGAUUCCUCCUAUCCAUUGCAAGAAAAAUCUGAAAUGUUUUCAGUGUCAAUUUUA